CUCUCUCUACAUAUACAUCCAUGUCACUUUCUCUUUCUAUAUCUACAUUUUGUCUCCAUCUCUCUUUCUCUCAAAUGAAUACUUUCGGAACUCAAGAAUCAAUAAUUGGGAACAGCAUGAAGAGAUUCAGAAAAGGAGGUUACCUAAGUUCAAGCUCUCUGCUUUAAACUGGUUUUAACUCUAUCUACAAACUAGUUUUCAGUCAAUCUUCCACCAUUAUCUGCUCAAACACUAGUUCUACUUUCCCUCAAUGCCCCUCAUCAAACCUCACCACAGGGCCCUUCACCACCUUCCUUUGCUGUCCCAUUCUGUAAAUUCGCAAUUCUCGUCUCUCUCCUCGCCCCCCGACACCCUUUUGGUCGACAAAGCCAUCGCCAUCCUCAAACGCCACAACCCAAUUCACCUCAACUCUUUGUCUUCCCGUUUUACCCCUCAAUCAGCCUCCUAUCUACUCCUCCGAACCCAGUUCGACAAACCCUUAGCCCUAAAAUUCCUCAACUGGGCUAGACACCAUCAAUUCUUCAACCUCCAAUGUAAAUGCCUCACCCUCCACAUUCUCACUAAAUUUAAGCUCUUCAAGACCGCCCAGUCCAUCGCUGUGGAGGUAGCCGUGAAUUCCGAUGAUGCCACAGGCAAUUUAGUCUUUCAAUGCCUUAAAGACUCGUACCAAACUUGCAAUUCGAGCUCUUCGGUGUUUGAUUUGAUGGUAAAGUCGUACUCCCACUUGAAAAUGAUUGAUAGAGCUCUGAAUACUAUCGAUUUAGCAAAAUCUCAUGGUUUUAUGCCCAGUGUUUUGUCUUACAAUUCAGUUCUCGAUGCAAUAAUUAGGUGUAGUUCUCAUGGGUCUAUUGAAUUAGCUGAGAAAUUGUAUUUUGAUAUGAUGAAAAAUGGAAUUUCGCCUAAUGUAUUUUCAUUUAAUAUCAUAAUUCGCGGUUUUUGUGUAUUCAAGGAGUUGGAGAAGGGUUUAGAAUUUUUUUAUGAAAUGGAGAGGAAAGGGUGUUCACCAAAUGUGGUUACUUAUAAUACGUUAAUCGAUGCUUAUAGUAAAUUGGGCAAGAUGGUUGAUGCAUUUAAAUUGUUUAAUUCGAUGAAGGAAAAGAAUUUGGAGCCAAAUAUGAUUACUUAUAAUGUGAUCAUCUAUGGGCUGUGUCGAGAAGGGAGGAUGAAGGAGAUGACUGUGGUUUUUGAGGAGAUGAGGUGCAAGGGUUUUGUUCCAGAUGAGGUGACAUAUAAUACGCUUGUGAAUGGUUAUUGUAAAGUGGGUGAUUUUCACCAAGCACUUGUUUUGCAUGCGGAAAUGGUGAGGAAUGGUGUAUCUCCAAAUGUUGUGACUUAUACUUCAUUGAUAAAUAGUAUGUGUAAGGCAAGAAACUUGCAUCGAGCAAUGGAAUUCUUUGAGCAGAUACAUAUUAGGGGAUUACAUCCAAAUGAGAGAACUUAUACGACAUUGAUUGACGGCUUCUCGCAGCAGGGUUUUAUGGAUGAAGCUUAUCGAGUUUUGAAUGAAAUGACUCAGAGUGGCUUCGCACCUUCCAUUGUGACUUACAAUGCUCUAAUCAAUGGACACUGUCUAUUGGGUGGGAUGGAAGAUGCUUUAGGAGUGAUUCGUGAUAUGGUGGGUAAAGGGGUAGUCCCAGAUGUUGUAAGUUAUACUACAAUUAUAUCUGGGUUUUGUAGAAAUCAAGAUUUGGAUAAAGCAUUUGGAAUGAAGCAGGAGAUGGUCGAGAAGGGAGUUUCACCAGAUGUUGUUACUUAUUCAUCGCUGAUUCAAGGUCUUUGCGAACAGAGGAGACUGGAUGAAGCUUGUGAUCUUUUCCAAGAGAUGUGGAGAGUGGGUUUGCCACCUGAUAAAUGUACAUAUACUACCCUAAUGAAUGGUUAUUGUGUAGAAGGGGAUAUUAAUAGUGCUCUCCACCUGCAUGAUGAAAUGAUGAAUAAUGGUUUCUUUCCCGAUGUUGUUACCUAUAGUGUGCUAAUCAAUGGGCUUAGCAAACAAGCUCGGACUAGGGAGGCAAAGCAGCUCCUAAUGAAACUGUUUUACGAGGAAUCUGUCCCUAAUGAUGUCACUUAUGAUACACUCAUAGAAAAUUGUAGGAAUGUCGAAUUCAAGAGUGUUGUAGCUCUCAUGAAGGGAUUCUGUAUGAAAGGUUUGAUGAAUGAAGCAGAUCGAGUUUUUGAGUCAAUGCUUCAGAGAAACCACAAGCCUAGCGAAGCAGCUUAUAAUGUCAUUAUCCACGGUCAUUCCAGGGGUGGGAAUUUGCACAAAGCUUUUAAACUCUACAAAGAAAUGUUGCAUCAUGAAUUUGUCCCCCAUACUGUCACUGUUAUUGCUCUGAUUAAGGAGCUUUUCAAAGAAGGGAUGAGUGAGGAGGUGGGUGAAGUUAUUCGUUAUAUAUUGAAAAGCUGUAGGCUUACUGAUGCUGAGGUUGCGAAAGCCCUUGUUGAGAUCAACUACAAAGAAGGGAACAUGGAUGCAGUAUUUAAUGUUCUUACUGACAUGGCAAAGGAUGGUCUUCUCCCAAAUACUGGGAAAACUGCCUAUGCUAGGGGAUAA